CACAGGGAGUCUUACAGGGGGUCUCCCCCAGGUUACCUUCUGACUUGAGCUUUCCCCUGAGGUGGAACUCGGAGCCUGUUCUGGCGGUCUCAGGCGCCUCCCAAGGACCAUGCCACAGCCCCACUGACCCAGGAGUAGGGGCCUGAGGGGGCACCCGGAAUGGGCUGUGUGUUCUGCAAGAAGUCGGAGACGGAAUCCAAGCAGGAUGCUGACCUGGAAGGGGACUUCAGGGACUCGGGGGCUGCUGACCGCUAUGGUCCCGACCCGACUCAGGCCAAGCCUGUGUCCUCCUUUACCCACACCCACAACCAGAACAGCUUCUCCCCUCAGUCUGCCGGGACCCCCUUCCUCGAUGGGGGCAACCUCAGGGGCAUCUCAGGGACUGGAGUGACCCUGUUCAUCGCCCUCUAUGACUACAAUGCCCGGACAGGCGAUGACCUCACUUUCACUAAAGGUGAAAAGUUCCACAUCCUCAACAACAUCGAGGGUGACUGGUGGGAGGCCCGAUCCCUCAGCUCCGGAGAGACUGGCUUCAUUCCCAGCAACUACGUGGCCCCUGUGGACUCCAUCCAGGCUGAAGAGUGGUACUUUGGAAAGAUCGGCAGGAAGGAUGCUGAGAGGCAGCUGCUCAGCUCAGGCAACCCCCAGGGGGCCUUUCUCAUCCGGGAGAGCGAGACCACCAAAGGCGCCUACUCGCUGUCUAUCCUGGAUUGGGACGAGACCAGGGGCGAGCACGUGAAGCAUUACAAGAUCCGCAAGCUGGACGUGGGAGGCUACUACAUCACCACGCGGGCGCAGUUCGACACCGUGCAGGAGCUGGUGCAGCACUACAUGGAGGUGAAUGACGGCCUGUGUCACCUGCUCACGGCCCCCUGCACCACCAUGAAGCCACAGAUGCUGGGCCUGGCGAAGGACGCCUGGGAAAUCAGCCGCGAUUCCAUUACGCUGGAGCAACGGCUGGGCACCGGCUGCUUCGGGGACGUGUGGCUGGGUUUAUGGAAUGGUACCACGAAGGUGGCCGUGAAGACGCUGAAGCCGGGCACCAUGGCUCCGAAGGCCUUCCUGGAAGAGGCGCAGAUCAUGAAGCUGCUGCGUCAUGACAAGCUGGUGCAGCUGUACGCAGUGGUAUCCGAGGAGCCCAUCUACAUCGUGACCGAGUUCAUGUGCAACGGUAGCCUGCUGGAUUUCCUCAAGGACCAGGGAGGCCAGGCUUUGAGCCUGCCCCACCUGGUGGACAUGGCAGCCCAGGUAGCAGAGGGCAUGGCCUACAUGGAACGCAUGAACUACAUCCACCGAGAUCUGAGGGCUGCCAACAUCCUGGUGGGCGAGCGGCUGGUGUGCAAGAUCGCGGAUUUUGGGCUGGCCCGUCUCAUUGAGGAUGAUGAAUACAACCCACGACAAGGUGCCAAGUUCCCCAUUAAGUGGACGGCCCCAGAGGCUGCCCUCUUCGGCAGAUUUACCAUCAAGUCGGAUGUGUGGUCCUUUGGGAUUCUGCUCACUGAGCUCAUCAGCAAGGGCCGAGUCCCUUACCCAGGCAUGAAUAACCGCGAAGUGCUGGAACAGGUAGAGCACGGCUACCAUAUGCCGUGUCCCCCCGGCUGCCCGGAAUCCCUCUACGAGGUCAUGGAGCAGACGUGGCGUCUGGACCCUGAGGAGAGGCCAACCUUUGACUACCUGCAGUCCUUCCUGGAGGACUACUUCACCUCCACAGAACCCCAGUACCAGCCUGGGGACCAGACAUAGCUUGUCUGGCACCAACCACCUCUCUAGGGCCUCCCUGGAGCCCUCUCCAUUCUCCAGGCUCUGAUCCCAGGUCCUCAGGCUUAGAACCCUAUAGCAUCUUGGCUAGAAUGAAUCAAAGGCAACCCACUCUUUUUUUUUUUUGGGGGGGGCAUUUUCCACAGUGCUCAGGGGUACUCCUGGCUCUGUACUCAGGGGUUGCUCCUGAUAGUUGUCAAAGGACCAAGCAGCCCCGGGAUCAAACCCAGGUCUCACCCCUGCAAAGCCUGCACUCUGGCACAUAAGACUGUUUCUCCCUCCCAACCCACUCACUUUAAAGAUGAAGCAAACCAAGAUCCAGAGACCAUCUCUUCUCUAUUCCAACCCCAAACACUGUCUCUCUCCCUCCUACUUAAGCCUCUAUAUGCUUCCUGCCUUCCUGCCCCAUCCUCUUGCCUUCCUUCUCCAUGGCUCUCUCUCCUUACCCCAAAACAGAGAGAGAAAGAGAGAGAGAAAGAGAGAGAGAGAGAGAGAGAGAGAGAGAGAGAGAGAGAGAGAGAGAUGCUCAAAUUUUUUUCACUUAUUUAUAAAAUAAAAAGGUAAAGGCCCUCCCAUUGAUCGUCGAUUUGCUCGAGCGGGCCCAGUAACGUCUCCAUUGGAGACUUUGUUGUUACUGUGUCUGGCAUAUCGAAUACUCUCGGUAGCUUGCCGGGCUCUCCGAGAGGGGCGGAGGAAUCGAACUCGGGUCGGCCAUGUUGGCUGCUUGUAAGGCGAACGCGCUACCGCUGUGCUAUCACUCCAAUAUCUCUUUGGGGGCUGGAAUGAUAGUACAGUGGGUAGGGUGCUUUGCCUGUACACAACCGACCCUGGUUCGAUCCCCGGCACCACAUAGGAUCCCCCAAACCCUCCAGGAGAGAUCCCUGAGCGCAGAUCCAGGAGUAAACCCUGAGUACUGCCAAGUGUGGGCCUCAAACACAUGCUGUCUCUUCUCCUUCACUGUCUCCAAUACCUUCUUUCCUACCCCAUCAUCCUCCCUGUCCAGACCCUCCUGGAGUUCCCCUCCAGCCCAACACUCCCGUGUCUGCCGUUCCAGCCAGGGUACUCUGUUGCUUUCUUGCUGUGUGUGGGCAGGUGAGGGUCCAAGAUUUGGGGGUACCUUGCUGAGGGCUCACCACCUCUCUGAGUCAUGUGUGGUUAUUGAGUUUGUAAAUAAG